CUCUCUCUCUCUCUCUCUCUUUCAUCUCUGUCUCUCUACUGUGGCCUGUGUGCACUCAGAUACAGCAGUAGAGAGAUCAGUGAGAUCAUUGUCUACCAAAGUGUGAAGCUUGGAGUCGUUCUUAAACAACCAAGCACCAGUACCUGCCACCUGCUGACAAAUACAGUGUGAACAUCCAGAUUCUGUGGGCACAUCAUGGGAAACUGCACUUCAGGGAUAAAGAAGAAAAGGAAAGGGGAUUCUGGACCAGAUGGUAAAAACAGCACAGAUAAUAAGCCUAACGAGGAUGUAACGUAUGCCUGUAUUGACCACAGCACUGGCAAAGGAUCAAGAAGAACUAGAGCUACCACUGACGAUGAUUGUGACUAUGCAACAGUUAAUGUCCCAGCAGCACUUCAACCUAAAUGCGAAUCUGAGUGCUCAUCUAAAGACGAAUGUGAAGACGAUUAUGUACUCAUGGGGUAAACAGAAACAGAAGGAAACGUUCAUUCAGUCUAUUGCAAGAUGCAGAUGUAGUAGAUAAUAUCACAAACAGGAAAGUGUCUAAUAUUUCGCAAUGACAUCCAAGAACUUGUUUGCAGUUGAACUGCCGAGUUUUCAGUUGAACUGUUCAUCAAAUCUUGAUUGUCAAUCAAGAAACUGUGACAAAAUUAAAAAAAAGCUGCUUGUGGAAAUGCCAAGCCCCAAGAUGUUUCUCUCUACUUUUGAGGUAACCUCAAGCCUGAACACAACUGUGGCGCGCCUUCCACAAGAGGACAAACAUUGUAUUUGACCUCUUUACAGAAGACACUCAACCUCAGGAGGAGAAUCUGUAGCUCUUUAGACCGAUAUGCCUGGAUUCUUGAAAUGUCAUGACAUUAGCACAUUAUUUGGAAUUAGUAAGUCAAAGGAAACUGGUCUUGGUGUUUGGUUUGAAUAAUUUUUGCCAAUCAUACAAAAGGUUUGAACAGUUCUGAACAUCUUCAAGAAUAGCAACGUCUCCAAAUCCAGUAGCUUCUGACAUAGAUCAUACUACUUUCACCAUGACCUGAAUGACAGAAGCCACCGUGUGUCAAACUUUUAUGUGAUUGUAGCAUCUUCUAAAUAAUUCUGAUUGCAUACAUUUUUAUUUGCAGAAAGAUUUGUCAACAAAAUUGGUGUAGUCAGUGUGCGUUUAUACUACAAAUAAAUUCCUGAAAUGUUGUGACAUUAGCAGUAAAUCUGAAAGAUUUAGGCUAAGUCAAAUGAAACUGAACUUGCGCCAUGUCCCAAAUUCAUUCUACAGGUUCUAAACAGGUUUUUAGUGUGUAGUGUGUUCACACUGGAAAAGUGACAAAAUGAAGUAUACACAAAGCAGGCAGAAGGCAUACUAAAUAUGGUCCAUUUUUGAGUGUGCUGUUGAUAGAUGCAAUGCACAAAGGAAAUGGAAUUUAAAUCUUAGGAAAUCAUCUUGCUUUGUCUUGAUGUGAUGAUAAAUGUGUGUGAAGUUUAAUUGGCCAAAUAGCUUUCCAAAGUCACAGUUUAAUUAAUAUUCGACGUUGCACGUAUUGUGUCAUUUCCUUUUAGUACAAAAUGGUGAAGUAUGUUCACAUUGUUGUAUACUAACUGCUAAAACAGUAUUGACUGAUUGAUUGAUUUUAUGGAUUAUCGGACACAAGAAAAAGAAAAAAAAUCUUGAGGAUAACAUGUUUAAGCAGUAUACUAACUGCUAAAACAGUACACUAGAUGAUUACAUACUGUAUAGAAUUAGUAUGUAGUAUGAAUUUCGGACAUAGCUUUGGUGUUUGGACUUGAAGAACUUUUGCCCGUCAUGCAAGAGGUUAUGUCAGUUGUGAAUGUUUCCAAGAACAGCAAUGUCUUCAAAACAGUGAACCCAGUAGCUUCUGACAAACUACUAUUAGUUACAAGAUGACCUGAUUGACUGAGAACAUUAAUGCCACUAUGUGUCAAAUUUUAUAAUUAUUGUGAUGCUGUGUGUUUUUGUUUGUAGGAAAAUUAGUCUUCAAAAUGUAUUCAGUGUGUUACUUUCAGCUUUCACACAAGGGGUGUAUGUGAUUCAAAAGUGGGAGGACUGUUGUUUUUUCUACCAUGAAAGGAAAAGAACAGUUCUGUAACCAUGUAAACGGAAAGUCAACACUGAAGUGACUUUGUAGUCAGGCUGGUUAUUGUGAGUACAUCUGCUGUCACUCUAUGAUUUUCUACUGCAGAUAAAAGUUUGAUGUUUAUCUAUAGUCUGUUUUUGUUGAAACAGAGCCAAAGCUUUGCUUCACCUUAAACCAAAGUAUGUUUGAUGUGCCGAAAUUUAACCCCACAUUGAGCUGUCUCAGCCAGCCUUUACUAACAACAUUUAUGUGCCCAAACUUAAAAUCUAGCACAAAUGUUUGCAUAAUAAAAUGGCUAAAUUGUGUGUGCAAUUUAUGCCAUUGCCACAUCAUCCAAUCCAUGAAAGAAGAAUGUAAUGUUUAUAUAAUUGUGUCCUCAAUUCAUGCCUAAAUCUGCAUUUCAGAGUUUGUGCUCAUUUUGCAACAUAGUGCUCCUGAGAAAUGCUGCACACCACCCAAGUAUACUACAAACAGACAUUUAAGCUUGAGGAUUUAUAUUUUUUAUGUUUUGUAUGUGUAUGCAGAAAAUGUGUACAUUUUUGUCUAUGCUUGUAUCUACCUAAAGAAUUAUUUAUGUUUGACUGGAUGCAUAUGAAAUGGUAGAGUAGUGUAAUUUAUUGCAAGUUGCCUUUGUGUCAUUGAUAUUUUUUACUGAUUAAAAGCUUACAGAGUA